UGUUUAUAUGUAGUAAUUUCAAAAUUUGCUCAUAAAAUCGUCACAUAUGUAAAUUGUAAAUAAAACAAUUAAGUAACCAAUAAAAAUUAAUUUAAGUUUAUUUCACGUAAUAUUUAAAAUGGUGAAAGUAUGGAGGUUAGGUCUUAUGAGUUACGAUACAGCUUUAAAAAUCCAAAUGUCCAUUGCUAGGAAACAUUUAGAUUCCAUGAUGAAAGGAAUUGAUGCAGAUUACGAUACUUUGCUUCUUGUAGAACAUAAACCGGUAUACACAGUUGGCAUUCGAGAUGAUACUCCAAAUGAUGAAGUACGCCGGUUAAAAGAUUUAGGAGCAGAGUUUCGUAAAACAAACAGAGGGGGCCUUAUAACAUUCCAUGGCCCCGGUCAAUUAGUGGCAUACCCUAUUAUAAACUUGAAACAUUAUAAAACUAGUGUAAAGUGGUAUGUGAAUAGCCUGGAACAAACUGUCAUCAAUUUGUGUGAUGAAUUAGGAGUUAAAGCAAGCCGGAGUCCCCACACAGGAGUUUGGGUUGAUGACAACAAAAUAGCUGCAAUAGGUAUUCACGCAUCUAGAUAUGUUACAACACAUGGAAUCUCACUAAACUGUGAUAAUGACUUGUCGUGGUUCGAUCACAUUGAUCCCUGCGGCAUAGAUGAUAAAGGUGUCACUUCACUCAGCAAGGAGACUGGUGUUUUAUGUUCCAUAGACAAAAUAACCCCAAUUUUCUUAAAAAAUUUCGAAAAAGUAUUUGAUUGCAAAUCUGAAGAUAUCAGUACAGAUAUACAAGAAGAUAUAUUAAGUAGCAUAUAUAGCAAAUUAUUAACCACAACCAUAUAAGUGUUUGUUUUUCCUGUAGAAUAUUUUAUUAGAUGUUGUUUUGUUUACAAAUGUGAUGAAAUAAAAAAAAAUAUGAUUUGUACAAAUUUUAUUUAUUAAGUAAAUCAAAUAAUAAAUAGAAUAAGUUAUUCUAAAUAAAUAAAGAAGAAGUCUCAAGUUGGGUUAAGAGAAACGGGAAAAGUAUUGGUUUUGUGCUAAAUUUUUUAUUUUACUAUAAAUACUUAUUUCUCCAUUUCUACAAAACCCAACUGAAAGUUCAUCAAGGGAUAGAAAAUAAUUGACAGUUAUUAAGGGAGCUUAACGCCAACUUCAAAAGUCAGAAUAUUUACAAAUAAAUGCCUAAUGUUAUUGUAUAAAAACUUAACCUAAGUUGUAUACAUCAAAAAAUCCUUUAACAUAUUAGUUGGGCACAAAUCUACAGGAUUUGUGUAAUCGGUUUAAAAACUUAAAAAUUGUACCAAUAACUACCAUCAGAAUAAUCCCCUAAAAUUGAAAUUCAUUAUUAUAAUAAUCAGGCACAUGAAAAUAUUUUUAGGGAUUAUUCCGAAUACAUAUUACAAUUUUUAAUUAAAAGGCAGAUCUAUCUAAAGCUUACAGAUAAUAAAUGCAAAUUCUGUAAUAGUUUAACACUACGUUAAGUGUCUAAUUUUUCAUUGUUUAUUGAAAAAAA